AGGUACCACCGUUCAUUCUGCCACGAUCGAACUGAACCUCCCAACCCAAGACGCUGACGCUGCCACAAAUUUUUCGAUGGAGCAGAAGCACUGAAACAGGCAGCAACCACUUCAAAACCCUCCCAAAACCCCUCGAAACAAUCCAUGGGACUGCCCCCCAAAUGUCUCGCUUCCUCCUGCGCCGUUUCCUCUGCUCCUCCCCCAUCCCCGCCGCCGGCGCAGAUUUCGUCGGCGAGCUCGCCUCCCUCCUCGCCGCCGGCCGCUUCCACGCCUCCGUCGACGUUGCCAAAUCACUCCUCAUCUCCUCCCAGCCGCCCGCCGCCUCCGUCCCCGACCUCUACCACGCCCUCGCCUCCGCCGCUGCCGCCUCCCCGGGCGACCCGCAGGCCCCCUCCUUCCUCUGCGACGCGGCCUCCGCGCUCGUCGUUGCCUCCGCGCGGCUCCGCCUCCCCGACGGCGCGCUCCGGCUGCUAUCCCUCCUCGCCGACGCCCGCGCACCGCUGCCGUCCCUCUCCUCCUGCAACCUGCUCCUCGAGUCUCUCCUCUCCCUCGGCCGCCACGCUGACGUGCGCGGCGCGUUCGAGCUCCUAGUCGCCGCCAGGGCGCGCCCGGACACCUUCACAUGGAACAAGGCCGUCCAGGCGUGCGUCGUGGCAGGUGACCUCGACGAGGCCGUCGGGAUGCUCCGUCGGAUGGGCUGCGAUGGCGCGCCGGCCCCAAACGCGUUCUCAUACAAUGUGGUCAUCGCUGGACUUUGGAAGGCAGGGACAGAUUGUGACGCCGUUAAGCUGUUUGAUGAAAUGCCGGAGAAGGCUGUAGUGCCAAAUCAUAUCACCUACAAUACAAUGAUUGAUGGACACAUCAAGAAAGGAGACCUGGAGUCUGGUUUCAGGCUCUGGAGUCAGAUGUUGCGUCAUGGCCUGAAGCCCAAUGUGAUCACAUAUAAUGUGCUCCUGUCAGGGUUGUGCCGUGCUGGCAGGAUGGGUGAAACAGCGGCUGUGUUGGAUGAAAUGGCAUCACGGAAGAUGGUCCCGGAUGGUUUCACAUACAGCAUUUUGUUUGAUGGCCAUUCCAGAACUGGAGACUCUCAGACCAUGCUUUCAUUGUUUGAGGAGUCUGUGAAGAAGGGUGUGAAGAUUGGGGCUUACACUUGUAGUAUCUUGCUAAAUGGUCUUUGCAAGGAUGGUAAGAUUUCAAAGGCGGAAGAGGUACUGCAGACGUUGGUAAAUUCUGGAUUGCUCCAAACAACGGUUAUUUACAACACUCUAAUCAAUGGCUAUUGUCAGAUUGGAGACCUUGAAGGGGCCUUCUCGAUCUUUCAGCAGAUGAAGUCACGCCUCAUUAGGCCUGAUCACAUCACUUAUAAUGCGCUAAUAAAUGGUUUGGGUAAGGUAGAAAGGAUCACGGAAGCACAUGAUUUGGUCAUAGAGAUGGAGAAGAAUGGAGUGAAUCCUAGCGUGGAAACUUUCAAUACACUCAUUGAUGCCUAUGGAAGGGCUGGGCAACUUGAAAAAUGUUUCAUUAUACUUUCUGAUAUGCAAGAGAAGGGGUUAAAGCCAAAUGUUGUCUCCUAUGGUUCAAUUGUCAAUGCUUUUUGCAAGAACGGAAAAAUUCUGGAAGCAGUAGCUAUUUUGGAUGACAUGUUCAUUAAAGAUGUUUUACCAGGUGCGCAGGUGUACAACGCUAUCAUAGAUGCAUAUAUAGAGUGUGGUUCCACUGAUCAGGCCUUUAUGUUAGCUGAGAAGAUGAAGAGUAGCGGGGUACCUCCAAGUAUAGUUACCUACAAUUUGCUUAUAAAAGGUCUUUGCAAGCAGUCUCAGAUAUCUGAAGCAGAGGAACUACUUGACAGCUUAAGAAAUUAUGGGUUAGCUCCUGAUGUUAUCAGCUAUAAUACUCUAAUAUCGGCAUGCUGCUACAGGAGCAACACUGAUAGAGCUUUGGAGCUUGAGAAAGAAAUGUGGAAAUGUGGCAUCAAACCAUCACCGAGAACUUAUCGGAUGCUCUUUAGUUCAUUGGGCGGUGCAGGGAGAGUACAUGAAAUGGAAAAUCUGUAUCAACAAAUGUUAGACAAGGAUGUUGUUCCUUGCAGUGGCAUAUAUAAUAUCAUGGUUGAUGCCUAUGCAAAAUGUGGAGAGGAAUCUAAGGUUGAAGCUCUGAGGAAGGAGAUGUCAGAUAAAGGAAUAGCCGUUGGUGAUUACACAUCCAUGACUAACUGUGAGUAGGAUACAAUUAUAGUGAGCACAAAUUGAGAAUUGGGGCAUUGUCUCACGGUAACCCAAUAGUUGUAAAUAUUCCUUUUCCUUGCCUAGUGAACCUUCGCAGAGAAUAGGAAUUCAUGGUACACACAGGACUAACUGUGAACUGGAUAAGAGUACAGAGGGUCCAAUUUGAAAUGUUGUAACGAUUUCCCAACCUAAUGGCGAAGAGUACUGACUUUCCACCUAUUGAGCCAUUGCAGAAUAUUGUUUCCAAGACCAUCUUGUGUUUGAAUGCACAUGAAGGUUGAUGAUGUUGUUAAAUCAUUCCAGCAUCAUGAAAGCUUAUGAGAAUGAAUUACCUAAAUGAAACUGAGCACUGAGCAGCCAUAAACAGAAAGUGGAAGAGAGUUUGGAAGUUGUUAACACAAGAAGGUUGCCAUUGCACUUGGUUAUGCAGUUAAUGUAUAAUUCUACGUACGAAUGUAAUGUAUGAUCUUAAGCUAAGUUUUAGUUUAUAUUUUUUAAAAUAUUCCUUUCGAGAAUCUUGAAAGGGCAAGGUGCUCUUUUUAAAAUCUAGAAUUAAAUGCAGAGAUGGAAGGGAUUAUGGGAUGACAUGAUAUUGUGUCUAAUAUGUGUAGUUGUGUAGUGUCAUCAUUGUGAGUACGCUGUGAAAUCAAAGAGAGUGGAACAGGAAUGGACAGUUGGGUUUUACUUUCUUGGUGAUAAAUGAGAAUUCCUUGAGCACCCAGAUACUGAUGCUAGUAUCUGGGUGCUCACGGAGUUCCCAUUUAUGAAAUUAUUUCAUGGAUAUUGCACAUAUCAAUAGAGAAUGUAUGAUCCGUUAAAUGUUGGGAUACAGCAUACAGUGCCUAGUACAAAUACUCAAAUUAGAUUUUGGUACGAUACAGUAUUAUAGUGGACCCCUGCAUUGCAGCUUGAAAAGUAGGAGUAGCUACUUUGGAAUAUGUUGUUAUAGAUGUUAUGUUUGCAAGUUUACUGCCUCUGUUCUUUCUUGCUUAUCAGUCUCCAUUCUCAAAUACAUAUGUUCCAUUGUUUUCCCCUCUAAUUAUAAUGAUAUAUAAGUACUGUUGGUGAAAACUGUACUAAUUAAUUUUAACAUGACAAAAUUAAAUAUUUUUAUGCUUGGUUGUUUUAAACGUAGACUCCACGACUCCAAACAUUCUAAAGAAACAAGUGACAGAGAAUGGAUUAUAUGCACCAGUUUUUCUAUCAAAUGUCCCAAUCUCUGAAGAAGACAACGAGUAUAUGUAGACCCAUUAGGUCUGCAUUGUAUCCUCAAUUCCUCAUACUGACAAUCAUUUUAUAACAUCUGUGCCCUUCACCCAAUUUACAGGAGAACGAUAUCUAAUCAGGAAAAGACCUAAUCCACAAGAAAAGUUCAGCUGCGGUGCACCUUCAAGUUAACUCUGGAGCGCCGUGGACUUGUCUUCAUGUCUUAAACCAUUUUCAGCCUGAAAGGUGACAACAACGGAAAACAAGCUUUUGAUUUCAGCAUGUUGGCACAUUUGGAAACAGAGGAACGGCUGCAUCUUCAAUCAGAUUCCUCCUACUAGACUAGCUUGGUUUCAAGGGCUCAAACUUGAGAUCUCUCGUCAGAGUGUUCGUUUCCCGCACAGUGUGAGAUCGGCUCUGCUGGACCGGCUUGUUUCUGUCUCUUCAGUGCCUUAAUGGCCGCUUAUUCUUCUCUUUGCUCCCCCCUCUUUCUCCUUGUAAAUAUUCUGGUUGAGUUUAAUAUAUUUAUAUUGUCAGAAUCUUUCCUACAGUUUUCAGUCAAAAAAAAACAACGGAAAAGAAGCGCUGGCCAAUUGCUAUGUUGGCAGUAUUACUCAACAAAGACAUUUGAGAAGGAAGAAGGAAUUGAGGAAGUGGCACGAAAUGUGUAGGAUCUAGUGUUUGGGCUAAUCCUAUGAAUUUGGCUUUACAGAAGAUAUUAUCUCGAAGAAGCAUCAUUGGCAUACUGUGUUUUUGCGGGGAGGCAGGCAGCAUUGGCAUCCUGAGUUGCUUAAAGGCAGGCCGCAGCUUCUGCAUGCUGAGCAUCCGCAAGGACAAGGUGUUUAUGCCGUCUGCCGAUCCGUUCCGUUGCCAUGUGCUGUGCAAUGGCCAUCAAGAACAUAGAAGCCCCAAUCAACGGAGGCUUACAAAAGCAUAGUCCAGGUUGAUCUGAAGGAUGUAAGGAGGUGGACUGUGGAGGAGACUACCUGCACGUAUUGGACAAGUUUUCAGAGAUUUCCAUGAUCUGAGCGUCGUGAAGAUCAGCAUCUCCACAGACCCCAGCCAGCAUUGACCCUAUUUCUUGUUGACAAUCCACUGUGUAUACAUCUAUGCGGCUCUAUGAGUUCUACUA